UCGACAAUCGAUUUCCCAAGCAAAGGCUUAUCAGCUGUUCCCCUCGUCACUAACGUGACGGUUUGUAAAAUUAAAUUGUAUAAUUGCUGUAUUAAAACACAAGUUAAGCGCAACUUGCUGUCGACCGAUGGAUUCCAAUCUGCGCAACCUCAAAGACUUUCUCACAUUAUACAACAAAGUGACGGAACUGUGUUUUAGCCGAUGCGUGGAUAAUCUCAGCCAGCGCGACCUGGGCGGCCAGGAGGACGUCUGUGUGGACAGGUGCGUUACUAAGUUCGCCCGCUUCAACCAGAAUAUGAUGAAAGUCUACGUGGAUGUGCAAACCACAAUCAACGCCAAGCGCAUGGAGGAGGUGGAGGAGAACGCCCGCAAGGCCGAGCAGCUACAGAAGGAGCAGGAAAAGGAGCGACUGAAAGAGGCGGCCGCCACGGCAGUACUUACCCCUGUCCAACCGCCUGUCGCUGGCAAUUUGUCCAUGUAGCAGCAGUGGCAUGCAACGCCGCAGCUGCUGUUCUCAAUCCUAGAUAGCUAAUCGCGGAGUCCAGCCCGCCCUCCACACACGCAGUCGGCAACCACACGUAAUCUUUCUACAAACAACCAAAAAACGAACCAACCAACCACACGCAAUGCGGAGCAUUUGUCUUGUUGCGCUUAUCGGCCUGCCAGGAGCUGGCAAGUCCUCGCUGUGCACCUGGCUGCUGGGUCAGCAAACUGCCCUCCGCGUCCGCCACAUCGUUCAUCUGUGCUACGACGACUUCCUUGAUGCUACACCUUCGGCUGACCUAGCCUAUAAGGAGCAGCGCGGCCGCAUUUUUAAAGUAAUUGAAAAACUCAUUUCCGCCAUUCAAGAAGAUACCGAUUGGCCGCCUCAAGUCCGUCGCAUUUCCUCCAGUGGUGAAUGCAACAGCGAAAGGCACCUCAUCCUGUGCGACGAUAACUUCUAUUACCGCAGCAUGCGCCACACGCUUCACCAGUUGUGCCGGGACUCUGGCUGCGUCUUCGGACAGAUAUACAUGGCCCGUUCGCUUGACUCCUGUCUGCAGGCGAACUCGGCUAGGAGCAAUGCCACUCGAGUGCCAGUGGACGUGGUGCGGCAGAUGAACGAGCGGCUAGAGGCGCCAGACACUUCGGAAGCCUGGGAACGCAACAGUCUCACACUUCAUGAUCUGGAUACAACAGGAUCUGCGUUGCUUGCAUUCAUUAGUACCUUGCUCGACUUGCCCACGAAGAAGGCGACGACGGACUUGCCAACGGCGGCAGCAAAAAGUUUACGGCAAGAUCAAUCUCUGGUGCACUGCCUGGAUCUGCUCCUGCGGACGCGCAUUGGUGCAUUGCUCCAAGAACUGCCACAAAACGAGGACAAGCGCUUGGCGGGCCAAAUACUGAACAAUAGGCGCAAGGAAAUAUUGAUAAAAUUCCGCACAGAGGGCGGCGGCAAACAGAGAGACGGCGAUGGUGAGGAUGACGCCUUGGAAUACUAUGUAAAUUUGUUAAACUAGGCUAAGAUAAGCUAAAUUCGUUUGUGUGCCACACACUUAUGUACGCAGCGACCUAAAUACAUACAUAUGUUACUAAA